AUGUUGCUGCUGGGAUGCAGAGCCGACGAAGGGCACAGAGGCUUCUAUACCUUUCUCCUGAAACGAGCAGCAGCAGCAGCAGCAGCAGCAGCAGCAGCAGCAGCAGCAGCAACAGCAGCAGCAGCAGCAGCAGCAGCAGGUACAGCUGUCGAGAAGGAGAAGAUACAGAAAAGGAAACAGAAAAGGAGACAGAAAGGAGACCGAAACGGAGACAGAAAAAAAGGAGACAGAAAGGAGACAGAAAAGGAAACAGAAAAAAAGGAGACAGAAAGGAGACAGAAAAGGAGACAGAAAGGAGGCAGAGAAGGAGACAGAAAGGAUACAGAAAAAAAGGAGACAGAAAGGAGACAGAAAGGAGACAGAGAAGGAGACAGAAAGGAGACAGAAAAGGAGACAGAAAUGAGACAUAAAGGAGACAUAAAGGAGACAGAAAAGGAAACAGAAAAGGAGACAGAAGAAAAGGAGACAGAAAAAAAGGAAACGGAAGAAAAGGAGACAGAAAAAGGGGAGACAGAAAAGGAGACAGAAAGGAGAGAGAAGGGAAACAGAAAAAAGGGAGACAGAAAGGAGACAGAAAAAAAGGAGACAAAAAAAGGAGACAGAAAGGAGACAGAGAGACGCCGUGGGUGCUUGCCUGUCUGUCUGUGCGCAGUACCUUCAGAAAGGAGACAGCAGCGCCGUCUUUGGUUUGUCUCUUUUCUCUUUCUGCUGCAUCAACGAGCAGCAGCUGCAGCAGCAGCAAGACAAACAGCAGCAGCAGCAGCAGCAGCAGCAACAACAGCAGCAGCAGCAGCAGCAGCAGCAGAGCAUCCAGGCCGUCUCAGCAGCAACCUGAAACUGCUGCUGCUGCUGCAGCAACACCAGCAGCAGCAGCAGCAGCAGCAGCAGCAGCGGCUGCAGCAGCAGCAAGGCGCUGCAGCAACACCUCCCCCUGAUGGGGGCCGCUAA